CCAGAAGUACUGCAGUUGACAAAGAGGUCCCACGGUUGUGUUUCUGCUUUAAAAGCAGCACAGUGCAGGAACAGCAAGUUGCUCAGGAACACUGCAGGGUCUGGUCUGAAUAUCAUACAAUGUUACUCCAUGUACUUAAGAUCUGUAUUAUUUUCUACCUUGUGAAUGAUGGAGCAGGAAAACGCUCAGAAGGACAAGGAAGGACAAAAACAUAUUCACUUAAUAGCAGAGGUUACGUCAGAAAAGAUAGAGGAGCACGUAAGAGCAAGAUACUGCUGGUAAAUACUAAAGGUUUCGAUGAAGCCCACAUUGGGCAUGGUGGUUUUGGCUUAGUAGCUGAACUAUUUGAUUCCACCAGGACAGAUGAAAACAGAAAAGAGCCAGACAUAAACAAAGUCAAGCUUAUCUCCACAGCUACCCAUGGACACAAAAGUGCAAGGAAGUCUUGGAGAAAAGCUUACAAUGGCUCUAGAAGGAAUAUUUUUUCUCCCCAUCUUUUUGAUAUAAGAAAGGCCGAAGUUACCGAAAAGCCUGGUGCCAAAAUGUUCUGGAACAAUUCUUUGGUUAAAAUGAAUGGAGCCCCACAGAAUACAAGCCAUGGUGGUAAAGCACAGGAAAUAAUGAAGGAAGCUUGCAAGACCUUGCCCUUCACUCAGAAUAUUGUACAUGAAAAUUGUGACAAGAUGGUGAUACAGAACAAUCUGUGCUUUGGAAAAUGCAUCUCUCUCCAUGUUCCAAAUCAGCAACAUCGCCAAAAUACUUGUUCCCAUUGCUUGCCAUCCAAAUAUACUCUGAAUCACUUGGCGCUGAAUUGUACGGGAUCCAGCAAUGUGUUGAAGGUCGUCAUGAUGGUAGAGGAAUGCACAUGUGAGGCUCAUAAGAGCAACUAUCAACAAACUGCACAGUUCAACAUGGAUGCAUCUACUACCCUUCACAAUUAAAAGGACUGACA